GAGACUUCACUGGGUCUUCGGUAUCGUUGAUCUCGUCGUUCGUUGAUGAUGCCGCGACCUUCGCGCGAUACCUACGGUGAUCAGAAACCACCCUACUCCUACAUAUCGCUAACGGCGAUGGCGAUAUGGUCGUCGAGGGACAAGAUGCUGCCACUCGCCGAGAUUUACAAGUUCAUCGCCGACCGCUUCCCGUACUACAGGAAGGACACGCGACGAUGGCAAAACUCUUUGAGGCACAACUUGUCUUUCAACGAUUGCUUCAUCAAGGUACCACGCGGUCCACAUCGGCCAGGAAAGGGAGCCUACUGGGCCUUGCAUCCCGCCGCAUUGUCCAUGUUCGAGAACGGUUCGCUCCUCCGCCGACGGAAGCGCUUCAAAUUGCACAAGCCGGACAAGGAGCUGCUCAAGUCCGAGCUGCAGGCGCUCGCCUCGGCGAUGCCGGAACCGGUCGCGUCGACUGGCGGAAUCGUCGACGCGAGCGCGUGUUCCGGCAACGGUCUCAGCCUGGCGAAUCUUCACCGUCUACGGGAUGACCUGCUCCGAUGGGAGAUACAGGAGAGGCGAAUGAUGGUCGCGAAUCACGGUGAUUUCACCGGCGCGGUCGGCUUCGGACGAUUCGACGGUGCCACUGGUUUACCGGCUGGACCAACCGCGCCGGAAGCCGUCACCGCUGGCUACUAUUUACUGUCACCCGAAGUGAGACAGAGACUCGCGGGUGGUGCUACCGAUGGCAGUAACGAGAUUUUGAGGACGUAUGAGGCCGCUGCGUUGCUGCACUCUGCCGCUUCUUGGAAUUUCUCUGGCUUUCCGGCAGUUUCGCCAUCGUACGCGGUAUCGCAGUUGCCGUAUAUUCAGCAGACCACCGCCAGUAGACAGACUAUCCAUCCGACGCGGGAGAUGCGGGACGAGCGCCGUCUGUCGAGCGAUCGCGCUCUGGAGAACGGGAUCGCCGCUACCGGUAGAGAAAGCGAGACGAUUUUCACGGGUGAAAAUACUUACGAGAUCUCGAGCUACAACCGCGACAAACUCGCCGAGGAAGAGCCACUCUCGUCGUCCUCGUCAUCGUCCUCAUCGUCCAGAAUAAAUCUCUUUCGAAACACCGCCCUGACUACCGCCUCGUCGCCACCGACGUCGCCCACCUCCCCGAAUUCGCUCACGUCCAAGUCAUCCUAUCGCCACCUGUCGCCAAUCUCGAGCCUGGCAGUGGAGGUCGAGCGAACUCAGUUGCCCUCCAAUCGUGAGGACCAGGUCGUUUUGACGACGAAUACGGAGAAGAGGGUUAAGAAACCAUUCACUAUCGAGAACAUCAUCGCGCCCGACGACAACAACGAGGGUAGUGGCGACGGUGGUGGUAGUGGUGGUGGUGGUGGUGGUGGUGGUGGUGGUGGUGGUGGUGGUGGUUGUGGUAGUGGUGGUGGUGAUGGUAGUGGUAGUGGUGGUGGCGGUGUCGGUGUUGGUGUUGGUGACGAGGAAGCUUCGAGGUUGACCGAGGUUGAGUCGAUCGCGAAAAAAUCCUCGCUCCUCGUGCCAAGACCGCUCUACGCCGGGUACUCGAUGUCGAUCGCAACCACGGGUGUUCAGAGGCCGUCUUAUGGCACCGCCACUUGAACUCUCUUCAUUAUCUCGAAUGAAUUCGUUAUCGAAGGGAUUAGCCGAACGACGCGAGAGUUCACGAUGCGUCUUGAAGAUGGUCUGAAGGAUGUUCAAAGGCUCAAAGAUACCGAGUGUGCUUUCGACACUUCUGCCACGUCCCCUGGAUAUUAUGCCGUCUGCGUAUACAUUUCACCUUCAUUUAUCUGGUACCCUUUGGGAAACUAUGCCCAAAUCAGAAUACAUCGUUCGCGCAUACACGUACGAAGUAGAAAGUUCCGAUUACCGCCGUUAGUAAUGUAUAUGAAGAAUUCCGAUCAGAUUCUGUUAGAUAAGCGAAGGUGUAACGUAUUUAUAAGAACGCGUCCGCGAGAAUUGCUAUUUGCUACUGACAUCUUAAAAUCUAUAUACUAUCUUAUUCAGUG